AUGAAUUAAAACUAAUAGAGUUAAGAUUUUAAAUGUAAAGAUCAUCCUGAAAAACCUGCACUUUUUUGGUGUAAAUCAAAUGUUUGCAAUGAGAAUCGAAUUUUCUGUCUUAAUUGUCAAAAGUAGAAUAACCAUAUUUAACAUUACGCUGAAGAUGUCCUUAGUAUUCAUGAAUUAGAUUAAUUUUUAAUUGAAAAGUCAAAACUUUCUAAUGAUCUCAUUUCAGAAUGUCAAAUGUAAUUCUAGUCAACAGUCAAAUCCUAUGAGAAGCUCAUGUCUGGUUUAUCUUAUAAGUUCUGCGGAUUAGAAGAUAAAAUUAAUAAAUUAAAACCAUAUUAAAUACAACAAGCACUUGAUUCUAUGAUUAGAUUUGAAGAAUUUAGGAACCAUUUGAAAACCAACAUUUAAGGAUUUUUGUUCAAAUUAAAAAAAAUUUUAGAUGAUCUUUUUAUUAAAUUGGAAUUACAUCUGAUUUAAUAUUAGCUGAUUGAUUAAUAGAUUAAAUUUAAUAAAGAUUAAUAUCAAUAUGGUUUAAUUUGUUUUAUAUUUAAUAGGUAUCUCUUUAAUCAUUAGAAAUUAAUAAAAUGAGGCAAUUCAACUCUUUGAUAAGUUAUUAUUGACAGAACCUUAUAAUGUAGAAAUUAUGUAUUAAAAAGGUUAAUAAUUAUUAUUAUUUUAAGCGAACACAUUAAUUUAAUUGGAUAAGUAAGAAGUUGCUUAAUAGAUAUACAAAAAUAUCAUUACAAUUAACCCAAAACAUGAGCUCUCCUUAUUGAAAAUGGGUAUUUGAUUACUUUAUUAUUUAGGUGAUAUUUUAAAAGAUUAACAUUCUUUUUAGUAGGCUCAAGAAUAUUAUGAAAAAUGUAUUCUAAUAAAUGCAAAUAAUUCUGCAGCUUAAUUUGGAAUAGGUAUUAUCGUAUCAAAAUUAUUAGGAGAAUGUUUAAGGGAGACUUAUUAAUAUCAUCAUGCAUUAUAGUUUUAUCUAAAAUCUAUUGAAUUAAAUUCAUUUAAUACAGACAAUUACUUUUAUUAUGGUAAAUUUCGAUAUAAAAUAAUUUAGGUGAUUGCUUAAAAUAAUUAAUGAAAUAUCAAGAAGCAAUCUAUGCAUAUGAGAAGGUUUUAGUUAAAGAUUCUCAUUAUUCAGAUGCAAUUGCAGGAAAAGGUACAAAUAUAAAAUUCAAUAAAAAAGGAAUAUGUUUAUUGAUAGUUAAGGAAUAUAUAAUAAUAAUAUAU